UCACCUGGAAGAAAAGCGACCCAGUUCCCUGCAGCCAGUCACUUCAAGCUACCUUUCCCCUCACCAACCUAAACCCAGGUGACCCUUCUCCUCUCUUCGUCACUCUCCUCAGUCAUCGAAGAAUUCCCCAGAGUAGGAGAUGGGUAUAGUCUUCGGCCGCGAAGAAGAAAGGCAUGAAAGAAACGAUGGAGAUAAAUAUCGUGCCAGGCCAGCGAACCAGCGUUUCUCACCGGUGGCUGAAGCUCAUACAUCACGCGAAGCUGCGUCUCCAUUUCCAUCUUCUAGCUCUGUGGUCCAUAGCAAACUAUCUUCUCUUCCCGAGAAGAGACCGCCGAUCUCGGCAGCAACAAGCACAAGAUCACCGGAAAGAAACGAUGGAGAUUAUUAUCGUACCAGGCCAGCGAGCCAGCGUUUCUCACCGGUGGCUGAAGCUCGUACAUCACGCGAAGCUGCGUCUCCAUUUCCAUCUUCUAGCUUUGUGGUCCAUAGCAAACUAUCUUCUCUUCCCGAGAAGAGACCGCCGAUCUCGGCAGCAACAAGCACAAGAUCACCGGAAAGAAACGAUGGAGAUUAUUAUCGUACCAGGCCAGCGAGCCAGCGUUUCUCACCGGUGGCUGAAGCUCAUACAUCACGCGAAGCUGCGUCUCCAUUUCCAUCUUCUAGCUUUGUGGUCCAUAGCAAACUAUCUUCUCUUCCCGAGAAGAGACCGCCGAUCUCGGCAGCACCAAGCACAAGAUCACCGGAAAAGCCUCAGGAAAGUUGUUCAUCGUUUAUAGUUUCUCAGGCUCCUUCUCUUCCCUUGUCACAGGCUUUCCCGUCUCCUCCUGCUCCACCUUUGAAGACUUCUCCAUCCCGUUUUCCGUCUUCUUGCUCUGCUGCUGGUACCGGAGAUGGCAUGAAAUCAUCCUCCACAACUACUUCUUUUUCCGGGAAAAAGCCAUUGAUCUCGAUAGAACCCAACAAAAGAUUUCUGGAAAUGCUUGGUGAAACUUCUCCACCGUCGAUCUUUUCUCCAUUUCCUCUUCCCUCGCCACAGGCUUCUUCCCUGUCUCCUCAGCUAUUAAAGGCUUCAUCAAAGAUGGUAAAUGUUGUUCAAUCGGAGGUUUUCUCGGGUCGUUCUCCAUUAUCGAAGGCUUCUCCACCUCCUUCCCCAUUCAAGCUUGAUGAACCUGACGAAGGAUUAUCAGAACCACUAAAAAUUGAGCAGAGGAGCAGAUAUGAGAUCCCGAAGCAUCUGAAGGAGCAGAUCGAGAAGGAUAUGGUGCCGCCAGUGCUCAGAAGGCCAUUGUCUCCAUCAACUUAUGCUGACUAUUUUGCAACUUUACUCUAUGCCGAGGACUUUUACCUAGAGAAAUGGAGCAAUUAUUUAUUGUCUGAAGUCACACUAGAGUUGCAGCAUGAUGUGGCCUUUCAGAUUCAAGAUUCAAGAGAGGGCAAGAAAACCAACAUGAAUACUCAUGUAGAUAGAAAAGAUUUUGUAGCUUUUGAGAUCGACUCACUUCCUGAAAGACGACCGUAUCUUUUAUCAAGAGAUUUUGUCUAUGUACAACCUUCAGGAAAGGAAGCAGGACCUUUCAAGGGGAUCCUCUUUCGGGUGGUAAAGAGCAAAACUGUGGUAAAGAGCCCGAUUGUGUUAGUAGAAUUUGGAGAUGAUUUCUACAAACAGCAUUCACCAACAAAGAAGUACGAUGUUAGCUUCUCCUUCAACAGAGUUUGCCUUAAGCGGUUUCAUCAAGCAGUCUUAGCUGCAUCGGAUCCUUUACUAUGUAAAAUCCUCUUCCCUGAUCGAAGCUCCAGAAGCAGUUCCUUACAUUUGCCAUCCUCCGAAGUAGCAGCCUGCAGAAGCUCAAGUCAUGGCCGGCUACAAGUAGUAAAUCGGAUUCUAAAUCUCAAGGGUCCUCUGCCUUAUCUCAUUGAAGGGCCAUUGUCAGAAACCCGAGAUGGAGACCUCUCUAGUACUGGGGCUAUCAUUCGGGAAGCAGUUCUCCAAAUUUGUAGAACUUGUGCUCGCUGCCGAAUACUUGUAUGUGCUCCUAGGAACAGGACAUGCGAUGCACUCAUGAAAAAGUGGAUGUUGGAGAUUCCAGAGUCAGCGUUAUUUCGUGCCAAUGCUGCCUUCCGAGACUAUCAUCUUGUGCCGGAUGACAUUAUCCCAGCAUGCUUGUACGAAGGAGAGUGCUUCACUUGCCCUCCACCUUCUGAGCUCCAGCAGUUCAAGGUCAUAACAUCUACCUUUGUGAAUAGCUUUAGGCUUCACGCUGCUGGAAUUGAAGCUAACCAUUUUACUCACAUCUUCUUGGUUGAUGCUUCUUCCGCUACGGAGCCCGAAACGAUAGUGGCUCUCGCUAAUCUGGUAAACAACGAGACAGUGAUCGUGAUCACAGGUUCAUCAAAUGAUAUUCCAGCUUGGGUACGAUCAGAUAUAGCAAGGUGGAAUGGACUGAAGCAAUCACUCUUUCAGAGGCUUCUUCGGAUGGAACCAUACUCCAAGAAGGAUCCUGUGUUUAUGACACAUAUUGUAUAAAGAAUUCGAACCAGAUGACAGACUGUGCAAAAAAAUACUGAAGUAGAUGCUAUACUUCUGUUUCAGACUGAAGACUCUGUUUUGACACAUCAAGUUCAUGCUCGGCAUUAAUAAAUAUUGAAACAUAUUGUGACAAAACAUGAUCCCAUUAGGCUGUGUUGGUCCAAGAGUUCUGCACAUUGUCUCUAUGACAAUCCUAUGAAGACUCCCGAUCGAGGAUCUAUUUAAUUAUCUAGCUUAAUGUUUAGCCAUUUCCUGAAUGUUUUAGAUAUGGAUCAUUGUUAGAUCUUAUUGCAACUGGUGCAGAUUGUUCAUCAUGCUAAAAUUUGCAGGGCCUUGUGGUUGCUUUGUUGAUUAAGGCCACUAUCGUUAUGCUUCCCAUAUUUUGAGGGAAAAUGUUGUGGUGACAAGAUGGGGAAAGAAGGCCCUAUUUCUUUCUCUCUCUUUUUUCAUGUGUACUUAUAAGAAUGGCUUAAGCUUCGAGACAA